UGGGGGUUUUUUUGUGUUUUUUUUUUGUUGUUUGUUUGUUUGGGUUUUUUUUUGUUUUUUAUUUUUGUUAGCAUUUAAAUAGAGGUUAUUCUUGAAGCCAGGGGAUGGGGCAAGAGGAAAAUGGACCAUUUAGUACAAUUCAGCAGCAAACCUGAAAUAUUGCUUUAAUUUUAUAAACUUGUCAGACCCAGGUUGAUAUUGCAGGCUAAUAUUGCUGUUUGUUCUCCUCACCAGACUCCCACUUUCACAUCCCUGUGCCUGAUUUGAAGUGACAGUGAGCAGAAGCAUAAGGUAUCUCUCAUUCUGUUUGGACUCCUUGUUUACAGAAGAGUGAUGGAGAUGCUAUUAAGCACAAAAGGCAUCACCAUAUGCCUGUUUUUCUUUGUAUUGAGUUUGGCAGCAGCUAUUGAAAUACCAUUAUCAGUUUCCCAGCUUCCAACAAUCACGGAGCAAUCCCACACCCAGGUUGCCUACCCCUUUGAUGAGGACUUCACCAUUAAAUGUGAAGCCAGAGGAAACCCCCAGCCCACCUUUAACUGGACUAAGGAUGGAAAACCAUUUGAUUUAUCAUCUGACCCGAGGAUAGUUCCAUCUAACAACUCGGGAACUUUUGUGAUCCAAAACCGGGGAAUCAUCAACAAUUUCCAAGGCAAAUAUCGCUGCUUUGCAUCCAACCUGCUGGGAACUGCCAUGUCAGAAGAAAUUGAGCUGAUUGUUCCAAGUGUACCAAAAUUCCCCAAAGAGAAAAUCGAGCCUCUGGAUGUGGAGCAUGGAGAUUCUGUGAUCCUGCACUGCAACCCCCCAAAAGGCAUCCCCCCUUUGCACAUCUACUGGAUGAACAUUGAUUUGCAGCACAUCCCACAGGACGAGAGGGUCUCCAUGAGCCUGAAGGGAGAUCUCUACUUUGCCAACGUGGAGGAGAGCGACAGCAGGAGUGACUACUGCUGCUUUGCAGCCUUCCCCAGGCUCAGGACCAUCGUGCAGAAAAUGCCAAUGACACUGAAGGUUUCCCGCUUAAAGCAUGCUAAUGACUCAGGCUCACCUAACGCUGCUGUUACUAAGGCAAAUUUUAUCAAGGAAAGGAAACCCAAACUGCUGAUCCCUCCUGAGUCUGCUGGCAGUAGCUCAUCAGUCACUGUCAUCAAGGGAGGUGUCCUGCUCCUCGAGUGUAUUGCUGAAGGGCUCCCAACUCCUCAUCUCAGCUGGGUCAAGGUCACAGGAAACAUGCCCAAGGACGAGCCAGAGACAGAGAAUUUUGGGAAGACUCUGAAGAUUGACCAAGUGACAGCAGCUGAUGAGGGGACGUACCAGUGCACAGCCAGCAACCCCAUGGGCAGGGCCAGGCACGAGUUCCACGUGCAUGUGGAAGAGCCUCCUCAGUGGCUGAAGAAGCCCCAGGGUGGGGUCUACAGCGUGGGGACAAACCUGGUGCUGCUGUGUGAGGCCAUUGGGAACCCUGAGCCCAGCAUCCAGUGGAAGCUCAAUGGGAUGCCCAUCGAUGGCAGGACCUUCCGAGGGAGAAUCUCCACCAGGGAGAUCAGCCUGACCAACCUGCAGCUGCGGGACAGCGCCGUGUUCCAGUGCGAGGCCACCAACAAGCACGGCACCAUCCUGGCCAGCGCCAACGUCGACGUGCUCAACAUUGCCCCCCUGAUACUGACCCCGGAUGGGGAGAACUACGCCACAGUCGUGGGUUACAGCGCCUUCCUGCACUGUGACAUCUUUGCCUCACCUGCAGCAGAUGUCAGAUGGACUAAGGAUGACAGCAUAGAGCCCCUUUCAACCUUUCACUACGACGUAAACAAGAACGGCACCCUGGAGAUCAGGGACACCAAGAAGGAAGAUUCAGGAUCCUACGCCUGCUGGGCUGCAAAUUCUGUAGGGAAAAGAGCAAUCACUGCUAAUCUGGAUAUAAGGGAUGCUACAAAACUUGUUGUUACUCCGAAGAACCCCCGAGUGCUGAAAUCACAUUCAAUUUUAUUGAAAUGCCAGGCUGAGUACGAUUCCCACUUGAAACACAGUUUUAAAUUAUCCUGGAGGAAGGAUGGAGAUGAGCUGCCAGUCAACAGCACGGGAGGUGGCAGGAUAAUUCUGGACAGGGAUACCCUGUUCAUAUCCAGCGUGCUCCUGGAGGAUCAGGGAGUUUACAGAUGUGUGGCCAGCACUGCCCUGGAUGCCACCGAGGCCGAGGUGCAGCUGAUUGUUCUGGAUGUUCCUGACCCACCAGAAGACCUCCAGCUCUCGGAAAACCAAAACAGGAGCGUUCGACUCUCCUGGACAGCUGGGGCCAGCCAUAACAGCCCUGUUAAUGAGUCGAUUAUUGAGUUUGAAGAGAACCGCUGGGAGCCGGGGAGGUGGCAGGAGCUCAGCAGAGUGCCAGGGAAUGACACCACAGCCCUGCUGUCCCUGGCCCCAUAUGUGAAUUACCAGUUCCGCGUGGUGUCCGUCAACGCCGUGGGCAGGAGCCAGCCCAGCAAACCAUCCCUGCGCUAUGUGACCCCUCCAGCUGCUCCAGAUAAAAACCCGGAGAACAUCCGAGUUGAAGCUUCUGAACCCAAUGAAAUGGUGAUGAAAUGGGAGCCGCUGAAGCCCGUGGAGAGGAACGGGCCAGGGCUGGAGUACAAGGUCAGCUGGAGGCAGCGGGGUGUGGAGAGUGACUGGAACGAGGAGCUGGUGAAGAAACACUCUCUGAGCGUGAGGAACGUGCCCACCUUCGUGCCCUAUGAGAUCAAGGUGCAGGCAGUGAAUAAUUUAGGAUCCGGCCCGGAACCGAACGUCACCAUUGGAUAUUCAGGAGAGGAUGUUCCAGAUGCUGCUCCUUCGGGCGUGUCGGUGGAGGUUGUGAACAGCACCCUGGUCAAAGUUUUCUGGUUUGGGAUACCAAGGGACAGAGUUCGUGGGCACUUAAGAGGCUACAAGGUUAACUGGUGGAAAACAAAAAGCAUGCUGGAUGGAAAGAGGCAUCACCCAGAGAAACACUUCCUGACGUUUUUAGGAGACAGGAACUCCGGGAUGAUUCCUGGCCUGGAGCCCUUCAGUGAAUUCCACUUGACAGUUUUGGCUUUCAACUCCAGAGGAGAUGGCCCUGAGAGCUCCCCCGUGGUGUUUGAAACUCCAGAAGGAGUCCCUGAACAACCACGUUUUCUCAGGAUCCUGAACUUUGACAAGGACUCAGUCACUCUGUCCUGGGGACUUCCCAAGAAAGCCAAUGGCCACCUCACUGGCUACAUUCUGCAGUACCAGAUAAUCAACGAGACACGCGAGGUGGGCGCCGUGAGCGACGUGAGCGUCGCCAACCGCUCGGCGCUGAGCUGGCGCCUGGCUGGGCUCAGCCCCAGCACCAAGUACAAGUUCUACAUCAAGGCCUGCACGGCCAAGGGCUGCGGGAAGGCGGCCACCGAGGAGGGGCUGACGCUGGCCCAAGGCGGUAAAGGGAGCGGCAGGAUUUCAGACGCAGUAAAGCCCACCCCAAAGUUUCAGCCCAGCGAGGCCCUUGAGCCUGGCACUGAGUACACAAUCCGCCUAGUGACUAAGAACUGGGUGGAUAACAAUAGCAUUUUUGAAGAUGUAAUUGAGACCAGGGGGAGAGCCUACGCUGGCAUUUACGAGGGGAUUUCCACCCAGGGCUGGUUCAUUGGGCUGAUGUGUGCCAUCGCCUUGCUCACCCUGCUGCUGCUCACGAUCUGCUUUGUCAGAAGAAAUAAAGGAGGCAAAUAUUCAGUGAAAGAAAAAGAAGAUUUGCAUCCAGAUCCCGAAGCUCAAUCAAUAAAAGAUGAAAUCUUUGGGGAAUAUAGUGACAGCGAUGAAAAGCCACUGAAAGGCAGCCUCCAGUCACUUAACGGGGACAUUAAAGCCACUGGAAGUGCUGAUAGUCUGGUAGAUUAUGGAGAAGGGGAGCAUGGCAUGUUCAAUGAAGAUGGUUCAUUUAUUGGAGCUUAUUCUGGAUCUAAGGAAAAAGGAUCAGUGGAAAGCACUGGGAGUUCUACGGCAACUUUUCCUCUCCACGCCUAAAAUGAUUUAAUUGUGAUAUUUA